CGCGCGCGCGCUGUGGCGGAGUCUGCAGAGCUGGAAGCGCUGUCGUUACUCUUGCGCUGGGAGCCGGGGCGCGGAGCUUCCGCUAUGGAGGGCCCCGGGCCUGGGCUCGCCGCGCGGCCGCUCACCGAGGAUGAAAUGGCGGAGGUGAAGAAGGAAAUACUACACUGAUGGGGGCCAUAUAAGCACCUAGAUGAAGGCUUUAGAAAGGAUGCGUCCCUAUUUGUGUGACAAAAUUAUAGCGGAGAGACACUUUGAUUACCUGCGUUCAAAGAAAAUACUCACUAGAGAGGACGCUGAAGAAAUAUCUUGUCGACCCUCAAGUAGAAAGAAAACUGGGAAGUUAUUGGACUACUUAGCAGAAAAUCCAAAGGGACUAGAUACUUUGAUUGAAUCUAUUAGACGAGAAAGAACACAGAACUUCCUGUUAGAAAGGAUAACUGAUGUAGUGUUGAAAGUCAAAAAUGAAAAACUUGAAGCUCUCAAAGGUCUGAGCUGCAGCAGCUGUAUGACUUCAGUGUAUGGAGGAACAAAUAAUCUUUCUAGGUCAUAUUCUGAUGAAUCCAAUUACUAUGAAAAAGUAAAAGAAUCUACCCAUAAUCAACCAGAAGAACAGUUUAGUACAGCUGUUUUUGUGUCUGCUUCAUCUCUUCGUUCAAUGAAUUUACCAAUUGUGGAGAUGGGAAGCACAGAAAACGCAGACUUCUCAACCACGCUUCCAGGACCUGGGGAUCCUGGAGCACCCCCUCUUCCACCAGAACUGCAGUCUGAACAACAGGAAGCCAGUGCCAGUUCAAGUGACAAUCGUUUUCUGCCUUUAAGAUCUCGUUCUCUUCUACCACAAUGACUUCAAUGACUCUUUUUCCUGUCUGUUUACUUAAAAGGGGGGGGGGGUGUUGUGAGACUUUUACAUAUCUUUGCAGGCGGCAUACAGAAUGUUUCCAAACUGUUAAAUCACAAAUAGGGGAAAUAGCCUAUAUGAGUUGCCAAAAAAAAAAAAGUUUAAAAUGGUAAUCAGUUGAUUCUGUAUCUUUAGUUUCUGGAAGUCUUUAGAUGCAACUAGUGCUGGUUGUUUUGUUUUUUUUAGGAUUUCAUGUUAAUAUUGUCAUUACUUAAAUUUUUCCAGUCAAUGGAAUUAAUAUUUAUCCUCCAACAUUAGCAGAUUUUGAUAUUUUUAGCAAGUAGAGGGGAAAAUGGCUAUUACAAAAGAGAACACUUUAAAAGGACUUUCUCAGAACUUAUAUUUUUGUACUGCUUCUAAAAGUUUGCCAAACUAAUCUUUUACGUGACAUAGGGUAAAUUCUUCCCUCAAAUUUAUGCACACAUCACUCCCAUUGGGAGGGCAGAAUUUGGCUCUUUGUAGCCAUGCAUUUUUUUAAAAUGCUUAUUGUCAAAUAAUUCUCAAUGUGUUAAUUUUCUGAAUCUUGUGCUCUAUUUUCAUCCAAACAUGAAAGGCAGAUACUACACUGAUUAGAGUUCAUAUAUGAUAAAUGCAUUUUCACAUACUGUUUUUAAAUAUAAUAUAGAAAUCAUUGAUUUGAGAUGCAUUUGUUUUAAUUUAUAUUAAUAGUGGAAAGGAAUGUCAGCUGUUCAGAUCCCAGUAAGGGAGUUGCUCAGUAGCUUAUUUAUAAAAUGCCUUUAUUUAAGUAAGGGUAUGCUUCUGUAAGGAGCAAAAGGUACAGUAUUUAAUGGGUGGACCUAGCAGGAGGAUGUCUUUAACUGAAGUACUCAAGGAAAUAUUGCACUGCAGAUACUUAAUUUUUACACCCUACAAUAACACGUUUACAUUGCAAGUGAUUUAGAAUCUAAACCAAGUUUUAACUAUUUUAACAUGGGAAAAGUUCUCAUCUGACAUAGUACAAUAUGUUUAAUCCUUUCAUACUUUCCUUCUCAUUCUAAUCCCCACUUUGUAAGAUUGAAUUUUAGAAGAUUAAGUGUACAAGUGCAAAAUGACAAAUUUAAAAACUGUAUUACUCAGGAUUAUGUACAGAUGUCUUUACACAGAGUAUUUUUCUGAAGUUACAUUUUCUGUUUAUCAAAAGGUAGACUGGAUUUUAUUUAAAAUGUAUAAUUCUGACACUGACUGCUAAAGUAAGAUAAGUAUUCUAGUCUGUCACGCCCAGAUUCCAUUUCUAAUGCUAAUUCUCCUGCAGAGGCCAUAGGCUCAGCCUUUGGACUUCAGAGGAGGAGCUGCCUUACGUUGUUCAUGGGUGACGACAGCCCAAAAGGAGGCUGGUCCCAUUUGGGGACUCAGAAAAGUAACCAACAAAAGUAUCCUAUAGCUAUUUGUUGUUCAUGUCUGACUAGUCCAUGGAUGUUAACUCAGUUCAAAUAAACUGUCAAGUUUAAUUAGAAUAUCAUGUAGAAACAACUUUAGUAUAAGAAUGAGGUAGCUUACAUAUGACAAAAAUAUGGGCUGCUUUUAUUAAUAUAUGACACACCAAUCACUAUGUUUUCAGGUAUCCAUCCAUCUAAAACACACUGAGCCUGAUUUUCAAAAAAGCAGAUUACCCACAAAUUCUAUUGACUACAGCUUGGAGUUGUGGGUCUCAGCACUCUUAAAAAUCAAGCUAAGUGUCUUAACACCCCUACAUUUUGAACAUUCCCAACCAUUUUUUUAUGAACUCUGCAGGUAUUAUCUAUUGUAACUUAUUUUGCUAUCCUGUUGGAAGUGAUUAUAGAAAUUAGGCUAAUUUACUCUAUCUGGAUCUGAGCCUGAGAAUUGCUGAGAGCCUUGCAGUCAAUGCACACAAUUCGCCUUCCACUCAAACUAAUGCUAAAACUUCUUUGGGAGCAAGAGCAGGCCCAUUGAGAAGUGAAUGGUUCAGCAAUUUAUAUGAUGUACAUAAUCUCUCAUGGGAUAGGGUUCUGUGGUUACAGGAGAUCCCCAAAAAUUGGGUGAAUCUGGGAGGAGGGGUUGAUCCUGUGCAAACCAAAAAUAUACAAUGUACAUGGUUUCAUAAUGUGAAUGUUAGAGAUUUGCUAGAUAACUACCAAAUGUCUGAAUGUGUUCCACAAACUGUGCAGUAAUUGCUCCAUUGUAUUAACCUGAGAUCUUUAAUGAACGUGUGUAAUCUUAACAAAUGCUUGAAACCUAUGCAUUUUUUAAACAAAGAUUUAAUAUCACAAA